AGCGAAGCCGAGGCAACAUUCACCUAUCCUAUCCUAUCCUCGCGGACGAGGAUGUUUAAUAUGCCUGCUGUGCCUCUUGACAAGACUUUUUUGCCUUCGUAACGGCUGAAGUUACUUUUUUUCUAUUAUCUGAUUACUUUACGCAGUUUGUGGUUAGUGUAUUUCAAGAAAAAGGUGAAGGUCUCUUCCUCUUGUAACUGUUCAUCGUAUUCGUCUUCCCUCCAAGGCAUCAAUAAAGAUGGUCGCUGCAAUGUCAUCAUCGUCCUCAAGUCUCUUGGUUCGGUGUGGAGGUACGACCACUGCCUCGUCUAGCAGUACUGGUGCACGACGAUGUUUUUCACAACAUGCUGGAGGAGCUCUGUCCCGUGGUAUUAGUGCAGCCAAUAUUGGUUUGUCUAGAGGCGAACCCUUCUCAAAAAGGGGGACUAAGACUAUUUUCUCCUCAACAAGAGCAGCGACAUCGUCCACAUCAUCUUCACGUACUUUCUCUACUCAGCCGUUGAAAAUUGGAUAUUACAUCGAUGGUAUGGAAAGGUUUGGAGAUGGAGAAACGAUCGUGUCAAAAAAUCCCGCUACCGAUGAAGAGAUUGCGAUUGUGCAUGGUAUCAUUUACUAGCAUCAUGUUGAAGAUGAGCUUUCGGUUUCGGGAUCGGAGAAGGACAAAUUAUACGGUAGUGGAUGAAGAACAAGAAGAGCACCAAACGCGAAUUAUUAUUAGGUGAUCCUCAUGCUCGUCUGGAUGCGCAACUCAAAAAACAGUAGUUUGAUAUCAUCAAAUUCAAAGGUCUCAUCUUUUCGUUCAAUGAGAGUCGGUGACUUCGAGUUUGAGGCUGCGUCGGAGAUUGAUUGCUACACACCCACACGCACAUACUAAAAAAACAGGAAACACGGUAUCAGAAACCUGCGAGGCCGUUGAGUCGGCGAAAGAAGGCUUUCGGGAAUGGUCUGGCAUGACCGGGGUAGAGAGGUCACGCAUUAUGCAUCGAGCCGCACAUAUUUUGAAGGAGAACCGUGUCGAUUUAUGGGAGUUGCAAAAAUAACGGAUGCCGGAUAGUGAUAGUCACAAGUAGAGUAGAGUAAGACGGUUCCUGUUCCUCGUGGAAUGGAAGCUGUGGCGCCGGCGCGCGAUUUCUAGUGCCAUUGGUACAUCAACAUAAAGGUAAUUUCGUGUCGUGAAGACCACGAUUUAUUUGAUCUGAAAAAGACUGGCGUCACUCACACCUCCUAGGUCAGCAUUCCCCCUCAUCUUUCUUGUUCUAAUGCGUAUAGCCAACAUGGAGACGAAAGAUAGCGGCCAUUGCAUAGCGGAAACUACCGCAGCCCACGUAGACGCGGGUGUGGAGACGUUAGUUAAGACUGCCCCGUCAUCGUGGUCGCCCUCUCAACUAGAUCUAGAUCAAAGUAGUCAAAUAACGGAAUACUUGAAGAUCCGGACGAGACAAAGAAAAACCUUUUGGGUCUUCCGACUUUUUUUACACAGCCCGCCUAAACUUUCGCUCUAGUAGGCAGAAGAGUAAUCCCAAUUCAUAAGGGAGUACUACGCGAACCUAGCAGUUUCGGCGCAUGAAGGAAAGACGAUACCAUUAGCAGAUGGCAGCUUCGCACAAUGCGUGCGAGAGCCGUACGGACCCUGUGCCGCUAUCGUCGCAUGGAACUAUCCUUUCAAUAUGGCUCUCUACAAGUCAGCAAUUCUAUUAGCAGCAGGUAUUCUUUGUGACACAUCAUACUGUGGUUGACAUUACCAUGAAUGAGCCUUGUUGAACUUGAACUUGAUGUGCUAAACGAAAAGUAUCGACGAGCUUUUGUUGGUGACUCUUCAACACCAUUCAACAGAGACAGCUAGUUAGAAUUUGUAGCUGUAGGUUUCUGAGACAUUACUUUCUAGUUCCGUUUAUCGCAUCAUCGACACUGAAGUUGAACUUGAACGAUCACCGCUACAGCAAUUUCGAUCCCAACUUCCUCUUCCAUAGGUAACUCGAUCGUGAUGAAGCCUUCAUCCAAGACACCGAUAAAUACUAUGGGCCUAGCAUCCUUAUUUUCAGAAGCGGGCUUACCACCUGGUGUCUUUAAUGUGGUGCAGGGCGGCGCGGACGUAGGAAGCGCGCUGUGCGAGCACCCAGAUGUAGCCAAAGUUUCCUUCACGGGAAGUACUCCAGUAGGAAAAAAUUAAGCGCGGCUCUUUGGUUCUUGUUGCAGGAACGCUAACUUUACCCAAGAGCAGGAAUGAAAAACCAAAAACACGUGACGAAGAUUGGGGCGAUGAAGCCUAAUGCCUCUUAUUCAAUAUUCCACUUCUAGUUCUACAUAAGAUGGUACUGUUAAGCUACAAACCUCCCAGACUCAUGAUCCACUCCGCAGUACAACGUUGCUUCUCUUCUAAACUAAGAUCCUCACUAUGGCAGCGCACACUAUCAAACCGACAACGCUAGAGCUCGGAGGAAAGUCACCGCUCAUCAUAUUCGAUGACGCUGACAUUCUUCCCGCUGUCAAGGCCGCACUAAUCGCAAACUUCUAUAGUGCAGGUAUAAUUUAUCUAUAGAAUCAUGAAUGCUCGCAAAAAUUAUUAUCUAUAGAUCAUGAAUGAUAUGAUCGACUCCUAUUCUAUGUAGCAGCUAGUUGAAUUUCAAUUUAUUUUAGAAGUUUGUGUUAGUGUUAUUGAGUCGUGUUAAUACACUUACAACACUAUGUGUACGUCUACUGAUAUUUUUGGCUAGAAAGAAGUUAGUUUCGGAUGUUGGACAUGGACCUGAGCCUGAGACGAAGAUACCCAUCACACCGCUUAAAAGGUGAGAUCUGCACGAAUGGGACUCGCGUUUUCGUGCAUGAGAAAGUGUAUGACCAGUUCCUCAGCACGUUUGCCGAGCAAGCCGAGGCCCUGCGGGUAGGCGACCCGCUGGAUCCUGAGACGCAGAUCGGAGCGCUAGUAGACGUGGGUCACGCGGACUCAGUGCGAGACUAUAUCACGAAGGGGCAAAGCGAGUUAUGAAAGAAAAAGAUCGGGCUCGGGAUAGUAUUACUCAAGCAGGUGAGUUUGUUGACAUGAUUGAACUUUGAAGACAGACAAUCGCGAGCAGAAUCAAUGCCUGAAGGUCCUGAAAGUUGAAGGCGUAGAUGGAUGUAUGUACAUGUAGUGAGAAGAUGUAGUAGGAGUAGCUUUCAACAUCUUCUUCAAAAUUAAAAUAACAACAACAACAUCCGAAUCCUUUCUAAGAAAUGGCGCGACCCUCGUCUCUGGAGGUAUUGAGGUUCCAAAAGACUUGCCACGACACUUGAAUCCAAUCGCAUUCAUUCGACCUACCAUCUUCGCAGACGUCGGUGACGAGAUGGUUCUAGCAAAAGAAGAAAUUUUCGGUCCGGUAGCGAGUGUGCUGAAAUUUUCCGAUACCGAGGAAGUCUUGCAUCGCGCGAAUGCGACGGAGUUCGGUCUCGCGAGUGGAUUCUUCACAAAGGUACAUCAAUAAGCAAGCAGUCGCAGUCCAAUGAUGUGAAGUGAUUAUAAAAUUGCUAUUCCGAAGUGCGAACACUGGAGUUCAUCUCCAACUGCAGGAAUGUUUGGUUGCUAUGAUUUAGAUUUACUAAAUUUAUUGUAGAGUAAGGUAAAUAACGGGUUUCGGGUUGCUCGAGUUGCAACGGGUUGCUCGGGUUGCCGAAGCGCAGGGGUUCCAAAUCUGGAACGGGUUGCCAUGGGUUGCCAGGAGAAUCCUGACCCAGCAAAAUGGGGCGAAGCCGGGCGGUAUGGAGGGGCAUUCGUGCGCUCGAAGUGAAGAAAUGGAGAAGAGCAGUUUCUUUUUUGUUGUUGUUGCUCAUGAAAGGGGCAGCCACGUUUGAAGGGCUCUGCAGGCUUUCGGGCUCUUCUUUUGUAGCGUGCGGGCGCGUGUUUGAAGCGAAAACAAGGAGUGCAGGCCCCUGCUCUCUGUUGUUUUUCUUUGAGGUGAGUGGCGCUGUUGUUUGUCGUCUCCGAGUCGUUGGCGAUCUCUCCCAUUUUUCUUCGGGUGCGAGCGUGGCCAAUCUACUUGGGGGCUGAGGGCGAGUCUCCGCCUGCUGGCUUCAGCGGGCGACGUGUCCAGUCUUGGGUAUAGCAGUAAGUAUACUGGAGGAGGUUGCUAAAUUGGUAUUGGAAUAGAUUGACGCGCUAGAUAUUUAUACACGAGCGCGCCGCCAUCAGUAUGCAACUACGGCGCGGCGCGUGGUCGUGUCGUGCGCUCCUGUUCAGGUCUCUCGUAGGGUCAUAAAUCUGCGCCCGAAGGGCGCCGCGCAAAAAAUUUGGGUUGGCAACUCGAGCAACUCGAGCAACCCGAGCAACCCGACCCGAUAUGGGUCAAAAAAAACCUAACUCUAUUAUUGAAGUACUCCGAAAAAACUUAUGUGGGAACUGUAGGAGGCAUGCAUACAACAAAAGAAUCUAGCAAACACAUCUCCACUUUAUCACAACGUUAAUUUCAGGAUUUGAAGCGAGCUCACUAUGUUGCUAGCAAACUCCAGAGUGGGAUAGUGUGGUGUAACACCUACAACAUCUAUGCGCCAAACGUGCCUGUCGGAGGCUACAAGCAGAGUGGGUUUGGUCGCGAGUUCGGAGAAGAGGCGCUCGAACACGCGACGCACACAAAGAGCAUCUACUUCGAGAUGAAUCCAGACGCAGGCGGAACUGACUUCUGACGAGGCGAGAGAAUGCUAGUACUAGCAGUGACUUCUGAAAGGUCAGGAGGAGACUCUCAGAAGUGACUUCUGAAGAGUCAGGAGACGGACCAAAGUAGAAGUCGAGUCGCACUCACGCCUAAGACCGACGGCAGAUUUUUUCUGGAGGAGCGUGCAUGGGAGUCAACUCCGCGUGAAACACGAUCAACUGUGUAAGUAUAUUUAUUUUUGUCACUCCUGCGCAACCGCAAUGCGCAUCCCUAAGUACUUAAUGAACGUCCUCAAGCUGCUGGCGCACCAUAUACGUAUACCCCGCGUCAGUCGUUCUAAAUGAUAGAAGCCAAAGCGGUGCGGCUAAGCCCUUCUAUUGAACAGAAAGCGACUGCGAAAGAGCCUGGCGCUUCAUCGUGUUCCCGGGCGCGAGUUCCAUGAAAAAAUGUGCACCAAGAACCCUGAGUUACUACAAGAGAUUCAUUGUGAAGGAAGAUCAGACCGAUCCUUCCUGCAGUGUGCCCAAGAGAUCAUACAUGGAUGUGUCUGGUUCUAGGAAGUGUGUUAAGUAGAGAAGGGGUGAUGCGCUGUGAGGAUUACUCUACACCUCCUUUGGGCGACCAUGCUGGUAAAAACUGUAAGUAUAAAUAUUUAUGCCUCCCCUUACAGAAUGUACGUCAAGCCACACCAGACAAUGGCGUCCGUUUUGUUGUUGAACAGC